AUCGGGUGAAAAAAAUUGUACAAAAUUUCAAUGAUGAUGAUCUAUUAUUAGCCAAUUUACGAAGAAAUGCUAGUUUCAAUAAAUCAUCAAAAAUUAUUAAACGAAUAAAGCCAACGAUUAUUAAUGGUAAUGAUAAUGGCAAUCAAACGAUAUCAUCACAGAUGCCGCCACAGCUGCAACCAUCAUCAACAUUAUUAGAUGAUCACGAUGAACAACAACAACAGCAACAAAAUCCAUUAAUUAUUAUAGCAAAAUUAUUAAAUCAACAUCCACCAAAUGAAUGGCAACCAUAUAUCAUUCAUAAUGAUGAUGAUGAUCGAACGAUGACCAAUAAUAAUAUUGGCUAUUUUCUUGUCGAUAAUUCUGGUAAAAAAUGGUUCUGUGGAAAAGAUGAUAAAGGAAGAAUAUAUCUACAGGAAAAUCAUCAAGAAACAAUGGCCACUAUUACUGCUGUUGAUGCUGCUGCUUCGGCAACAUCAAAUCGAAUACAAAUGAAUAAUGCAAUGAUGAUGACGAUGAUUGAUUCGGCCAAUUCGAAUCGUUUAAUUCGAUCGAUUCGACCAAAAGAAGAAACCGAUGAGGAUUUCUCCGAUGAAAAUGAAAAUCAUAAAUAUAUGAAUGUCAUCAAUAAUCAGAGUAAUAACAUCAGGAUCAUCAACAAUGAUCGAAAUAUUAAAGCACAUUCAGUAGCAAUGAUUUCGCCAUCAUCGUUGAAUAAUUCAAAUCAAGGUAUUAAAGUUUCUGGAAAAUUUAAACAUUCUCGUCCAUUUCAAGAUUAUAAAGAAUUUCUGCCACCACCUAAAAAUGAAUUGGAUGUUUCUGAUAUUAUAUUACGUGAUUAUCUUGUUCAAACACGAACAAAAAUUUCUGGCAAAUCAAAAAGAAAAAAUUGGACCCAAUCAUAUGCCGUGCUGACAAAACAUUAUCUGUAUUUUUUUAAAGAUCAAAAAAAUAUGCUUUCGUCCCAUAAACCAGAUUUCAUUAUCGCAUUGACUGAUGCAAAUGUUGAAUGGUGUUCAAAUGAAUCGAGUAGAAAAAAUUGUUUCAAAUUAAUUACAUUUGACUGUGAAACAUUAAUUCAAGAUGAUGAUCGUGAAAAAAGUUAUCAUUGGAAAGAAUGUAUACAUAAAUGUAUAAAUGAAUUGAUACCGAUUACAAAUUUCAUAAAAAGAAAUGAUGAUACUGGAUUUCGAAGAUCUCGUUCACAGAAAAAUAAUCGGCCAGUUAUAAAAGAUUUUCAAAUGCAAGGAUCUAGUACAAUUAGUGGCUUUACGAAUUUCAUCUAUCCAUCACCACCAUCAAUUAAUGAUAAGAAAAAAAAGAUACGUGAACGUUUAUUGAAUUUUCUAAAGAAACGUCCACCACUUGAAAGUCUUCGUGAGAAAGGCAUCAUAAAAGAUGAAAAUGUUUUCGGCUGUACAUUAGAAUUGAUAUGUUUACGUGAAAAUUCUCGAAUACCAAGAUUUGUUCAAGAAUGUGUACAAGCAAUUGAAAAGAAUGAUAUUACAGCCGAUGGUCUUUAUAGAGCUUGUGGAAAUUUAUCCACAGUACAAAAAUUACGUUUCGAAAUAAAUCAAGAAAAUUAUCAAAAUCUUUGGAAAGAACAAGAUGUUCAUGUACUUACUGGAUUAUUGAAAAUGUUUUUUCGUGAAAUGAAAGAACCACUAUUUCCAUAUGAUCGAUUCGAAAGUCUUAUUAAUUUGAAUGAAAUCGAUGAUAAAAAAAUUAAACUUGAUUUAUUGAAAAAUCUGAUAAAUAAUCUGCCGGAACCAAAUUAUCAAACAUUGAAAUUUAUUAUGGAACAUUUACUUCGGUAAUUUAAAGUUUUUAAUGGUGAUUAAUCGAUUAUUAAUCGUUUCUUUUUUUUCCACAUUCAUCAAGGGUAACUAAACACAGUAAACAGAAUCGAAUGCAUAUACAAAAUUUGGCCAUUGUUUUUGGACCAACAUUAAUACGUAAAAUGAAUGA